AGUUCUGCAAAGCGUCCUAAGCUGACGUCACCCCCGGUGUGCUCUGCCGGCAGGAUUGAAGAGAGAAUUAGAGUUGCGGUCACUUUAAUUUCGCAGCCCGAGUGACUUUAUUUUUGUCCGAUUGUCACAAAUACAACAAACGCCAUGGCUUUCGAUGUGAGGAGGCUUGACAUCUACAGGAAGGUGCCUAAAGACCUGACCCAGCCAACCUACACUGGAGCCUUCAUUUCCAUUUGCUGUUGCCUUUUCAUGCUUUUUCUCUUCCUGUCCGAGCUCACUGGGUUUAUAGCCACAGAACUAGUAAAUGAACUUUAUGUGGAUGACCCAGAUAAGGACAGUGGAGGGAAGAUCGAUGUGAGUUUAAACAUCAGUUUGCCCAACUUGAACUGUGAUCUCGUUGGGUUAGAUAUUCAGGAUGAGAUGGGCAGACACGAGGUGGGUCACAUCGACAACUCCAUGAAGAUCCCUCUGAACAACGGCUAUGGCUGCAGGUUCGAAGGGAAGUUCACUGUAAACAAGGUACCGGGUAACUUCCACGUAUCGACCCACAGUGCCACGGCUCAGCCACAGAGCCCUGACAUGACCCACAUCAUUCACAAACUCACCUUUGGAGAGAAACUGCAGGUGCACACUAUUCAUGGAGCCUUCAAUGCCUUGGCGGGAUCCGACAGACUGGCAUCCAACCCACUUGCGUCCCACGACUACAUCUUAAAGAUAGUGCCCACUGUGUAUGAAGACAUGGCCGGCAAACACAGGUUCUCCUAUCAGUACACUGUGGCCAAUAAGGAAUACGUGGCUUACAGUCACACAGGCCGCAUCAUCCCGGCUAUCUGGUUCCGCUAUGACCUGAGCCCCAUCACUGUGAAGUACACAGAGAGACGGCAGCCCCUGUACCGCUUCAUCACCACGAUCUGUGCCAUCAUUGGAGGCACCUUCACUGUGGCUGGCAUCAUCGACUCCUGCAUCUUCACUGCCUCCGAGGCCUGGAAGAAGAUCCAGCUCGGGAAAAUGUCCUGAGCAUGCAGCGCUGGUUGCACUUGUCCUGCAGGGGGCAGGAGAGGCCCACAAACUCAUCGUGGCGAGAUUCAUUUUUAUUAUUUAUGCGUCGUGGGGACCGAAAAGCACCAGUUUCCAAAACACGUACAAUUCGAUUUUCUGUUCCCAAUGCAAAAAAAAAAAAAAAAGAUUAAUAGGAGUGUUUUUGUUUAGUUUUUUAAAGUUCAUUGUAUCUCGUCUCUUCAGUGUGUUGCAAUAUCAGUCUCUCAGUUUGCAGAAGUAGGUCCCAGCUCACCCUCAGCUCACUUGCAGAAGCCACUUUGAACAGGUUAAGAGCUCCGGGAAAGAAGACAACAGCAGAACUAUCCAACAGAGUGCCUCUAUGUGUGGAGAUCAGGAGCGAGCUGCAUGUACAGGGCUUGGACAAAGCAUUGGAAACACCUUGCGAUAUGUAGCACACCCAUAAAGUAUUGAUUGUGUAUGCCGUUCAGAAAAAAAUCAAUUCGGCUUCAAAUCUCACCCCCAGCUUCCCAGAAAGAAAUCCUGGAAAAUGGCCAUGUGUUUCCUCCAAAGCAGUUGAAAUAGUCCCUCAUGUUAAACCAGGUCUGUCCUGGGAGUCCAGAGUAUGUGUUUUCUAAUUUUCAGUCCAACCCCUGUAAUGUCCUGCAGCAUGGAGGAUUCAUGGCAUUCCCAGCAGAAAUGCUGCUAAUGCUGUUUCCACAUACCUUGAACAAAAGUAUUUGGGUGUCAACUAAUCCUGUUCCAAUUAUAGCUUGACAUUAAAUUGUUUUUCGAUUGUUUGGACUUGGUAUCCAUGGAGGUGCAAAUGGAAAAAGUCAUGAACUUUGUUUCUUUUUGUGGAAGGGGGUGCGGUCAUACCAUGUACUGCUGGGUGAACCUUUUUCUCUGAGGUUUGUACCAUAAAUAAAUCUAAUGUACUCCACUGUGUUGCUCUGUGCUGGCUCACUCAGCUGCAAUCUGACUUCACUGUCUUGAUGCCUGGAGUUUUUCUGUUUAAAUGUGUGGUUAUAUUUGUGAGGGGAGGGGGUAGGGGGAAAAAAGAAUCAUUUUGAACUGGGGCGAUUGUGUGUUCUUUUAUUCAAGUUCUGUUUACCCACGCUCACCUUUGGUGAAUGUUGUUUUCUGUGCCGCGUCUGAUUUUGGUGCAAGUUUGACACUAGCAAUCAAGGCAAUUGUGAUUGUGCCAUUUCACAAAAUUCCUGCUCUGUUUUUCAAGGGAAGUCUGUCUGACACACUGUACCUCUGUACAGUGUACCUCUGUGCAAGUGAUAAUUAGUGAUAGCUUUUAUUUUUGUUUUGUUUUAAGAAUACCCAAAUUCAGCAAAAGGUGUAGCAAAACAAACUGGAGCUCUUACAAAAUGACCUGUCCUGUUCAUUGCUGGGAAUGUUGGACUGAAACCCACACGCGAGUCUGUUUACAAUCCAUCCCUCUAGCAGGAGCACACAAUGCAACUUCAUUUCUGGUGUGUCCUAAGUCAUUUACCAGUUUUACAGAUUUGUUUUCUUUCCUCCACGUCGUAUCUUCUCCUGCGAUGUUUAAAAGACAACCUCAAUGUGUUUUAGAUGAUAUAAAAUACUGGGAAUUUCACUCAGGAGGAUUUAGUUCUGCUGGGAGGAUUGAGGAUUGAACAUUAAACAACAGAACCAACUUCCACACUUUUACACUUCAGUCUUCAAUGAGUUGCAUUCAGUGUAUUUUACCACUGCAAUAAAGAUGCUAAAUACAGUAUAUCAAUUUGAAGUCUUACACCCAUCUAUAACUACCUCCAGUAAAAAAGAUAGGCUCGCAGUCAACCAAUGUUUCAACUAGUGCCUUUAAACUUUUAAUGUUUGCUGUUUGCAAACACUGCAUACGAAGUCAUCGUCAAACUGAAAACUGUUCUGUGGAAUAUAGAAAACUGCAUCGUUCUGCACUGUACCCAAUAAAGACUUGGCUAUGUCAUCUGUUUUCUGUCAAGAUUCA